CUUCUCCUCAUGAUUCUAGGGUUCCAAUAUUCUUAGACGUUGGCAAGAAGAAAUUAAAAAAGCUAGCACUAUUAUUAAAGUGCGGGACCCAUAAUCGUCAUUAUAUCUAGACAAUCUGACAAGCACGUGCCACAUUAAAAUAAAAAUAAAUUUAUAUAUGUACUUGUAUUUCGGCGCCUGCUUUUUUAAUUGUUGAGGUUCGAGCUCAAUUACAUACGCACUGUGUGUUUUCGAACUUGAAAAAGGUUUUGAGUUUGAUUCCUGAAGGUAACAUGGAGGAGGAGCCGAAGCCGAACCCUGAAAUAGGUUCAAAGUAUUGUGAGGAUCCACAGUCUUUUUUUUGGCACGUUCAGCCACCAUCAAGCCUGAGCUCCUCCUGGUGUUCUUCUUCCUUCACCUUUGUAGAUUUACCUACAGUCAGCAGCCAAGAAAGAAGAGGAUUGAAGAACGGGAUUCUCAGGACUUAUUGUCAAUUCAAAUGAUGCAAUUUUUAGGUUCUAUGCCUUUGUUGCAAAGAUUGCCAAGCUCAUCUGUGAAAAAAAUUGCAGGGUUGAUCAAGUUCAAAGAUUUUGAUCGGGGCGAGUACCUUGCCAAAGAGGGUGAGGCAGGUGAUGGUGUUUAUUUCAUUUGGAAAGGGGAGGCCGAGGUUUCUCCUUCAACAGAGUCUGAGGUAUUAGGGAAUCUUGAUCUAUCCUUGAAGCGGGGAGAUUAUUUUGGAUAUGGAUACAUUGAUGAGGCUCAUCGGGCUGAUGUAAUUGCUUUGAGCAAGGUAAUUUGUUUGGUGCUAAGUCAUGAAUAUACAGAUUUGCUAUCAGCAGAGUCAAUCUGGAAUGCGGAGCAGAAAAAGGAAACAUGCUCUAUGGUGGAGCAUAUACUACAUUUAGAAUCUCUUGAAGUUGAUAUGUUCCGUGGAAUUAGUUUACCUGAUGCCCCACAUUUUGGAAAUGUUUUUGGUGGACAAUUAAUUUCCCAGGCACUUGCUGCAGCAAGCAAAUCUGUCGAUCCACUUAUGCUUGCUCAUAGUCUGCAUUCAUAUUUUAUUCGGACGGGAGAUGUAAAGUUGCCAAUUAUUUAUCAUGUUCAUCGUGUUCGUGAUGGAAACAGCUAUUCUACUCGACAUGUGGAAGCAAUACAAAAAGGGCAUGUUAUAUUCACACUGUUUGCUUCAUUUCAGAAGCCUGAAAAUGGAUUUCAGCACCAUGAACCUAUGCCAAAUGCACCGGAUCCUGAUACGCUUGUAUCAAGGGAGAAACUUUUAGAGAGCUACCUCACUGAUCCUCGAAUCCCUGUGUCUAGCAGGAAAAGACUAGCUCAGAAAAAGCGUGUUCCAUGGCCUAUAGAGAUACGAUUUUGUGAACCUCAUGAUGAUGUUCAUUUUGUUGCAAGAGAACCAAGACAGAGAUAUUGGUUCAGGGCUAGAGGAAAGCUCUCAGAUGACCAAGCUCUGCACAGAUGUGUAGCGGCAUAUGCCUCUGAUCUUAUCUUUUUGGACACCAGUUUGCAUCCACAUCACAGAGACGGGUUAAAGAUCUCGUCACUCAGUCUGGAUCACUCAAUGUGGUUCCACAAGCCUUUCAAAGCUGAUGAAUGGUUAUUGUUUGAGAUGGAAAGUCCGAUAGCAAGUGGAGGUCGAGGAUUCAAUGUUGGACGCAUGUACACAAGAGCUGGAGAGCUUGUCGUGUCAUUGGCACAAGAAGGAUCAAUCAGAAGAAAGUUGCAGCCUACUUCAAAACUUUGAUCCCAUUAUAAGUUAAUAUGAUCAGAGCAAAUCACUGCCUGGAAAUUAACAUGUUCAUUCCAACUAAAAUAUUCCGUGUUAUAAUUGCUAGACAGGACAAAGAUGGUCACCAGUGUGAUGAUCAACUCGUAUAUGCUAAAUUAUUUAUUCAGUCUAGCAAUUAUACUAAAAAAGAGUAUGGAUGUGAGCUGUUAGUUUACUUUUUUAAUUUUUCUGUAGAAUGUUUAUGAUCCGAUUAGAUAUCCACCACGAAUUCCUCAGUGUGGAUCAAAUUUGAACCUGAUUGAGAUUGAUUUCCAAGCAGGCUGAAAAUUGAGUAUAUUGACAAAUAAUAUGUGGACAAAAGAGAAUUUCAAUUAUCAAGUAACUUGUGUGGUACCAUGAUAUUUC